AUGGACGGCAAUGAGCUAAUAAUUGGAUGCAAAGUGUCUGUUUCGGGUGUAUAUAACAGCAGUGUUGUCACAAGAAAGGCAGAAAUAAUCGCAAUAAGAAACAGCAAUGAAACAGCAGAAUACUACGUGCACUACAUUGGAUUUAACAAGCGCUUGGACGAAUGGAUACCGCACAGCAAAAUAGACAUAGACUCGGUUGAGUAUCCAAAGAAGAAAAAAGUGAAAGAAGAGCCAAAAAACACAAACCUCGUAGCAGAAGAUGUGUACAGGGUAAAGAACAUUGAUAGGAUAGAAAUAGGAGAAUAUUCUGUGGACAGCUGGUACUUCUCGCCAUACCCCAAAGAGAUGAACAAAACCAUACGCAUAUGCGAAUACUGUCUGUACUACUUCAACUCCGAGCAGGAGCACGCUCUGCACCUCUCUACCUGCAUCCACAAAAGGCCGCCAGGCAAACAGAUAUACAGAAAAGACGGAAUAUCCUUCUUUGAGCUGGACGGGAUAGUGCACAGCAACUACUGCAGAAAUCUGUCUCUUCUUUCCAAGCUUUUUCUGGACCACAAGACACUCUUCUACGACAUAGACGUGUUUUUGUUCUACGUUAUGUGCAUAUACAAUCCAAGCGAUCCUGAGCACAUGCGAGAGUACAAAAUAGUGGGGUACUUCUCAAAAGAGAAAGAGUCUCAGCACGGAUACAACAUAGCGUGCAUACUUGUGCUGCCGCACUACCAGAGAAAAGGGUACGGAAAACUGCUCAUCGAUUUCUCCUAUUUGCUGAGUAAAAGAGAAAGAGUCUCUGCUUCCCCUGAAAAGCCGCUCAGUGAUCUGGGCCUACUGAGCUACCGCGAGUACUGGACAGGGGUUAUAUCGAACAUACUGAUAUACAACAGAAUAAUAUCCAUCAACGACAUACGGGAUGUAAGCAGCAUAACAAUCGAAGACAUCGUCCACACUCUGCAGCACAACAAUAUGCUGAUAUACUACAACGGUGUUCCCUCCAUAGUUCUGAAAGAAGAGCUGAUAAAAAAGUAUACCACUCCCAGAGGCGUACAGCUCGACCCAGAGUAUCUAAUAUGGGAGGCAUAA